GAAGCGCGACAGGGCAACAAACCAGACAACAAAAGAAAGUAAGGGCUUCACGCAGAGUGGAUUUAUGUUGCUUGCAAUAUUUUCAUCACAUUGUUUCACACAAACCUCCUUUUUACUUACUCGGCUCGGACGUCAUACCAUCAAAGAUGAUCUAAUCAGAUGAGAAGAUUCAUCUAAACGCCCCACCAGUGGCUGGGGUCCGUUUUGGGCCGGGCGUGGCUCAGGAAGAAGAUGCACCGCGGGGAUAAGGACUUACAGUCAUCUGCACGCAAGAUGGGGACGUCCUUGCUUUUCCAGCUGUCGGCCUACGAACGGGAGCUGGACCUGGUGUUUCUGGACCACAGCUACGCCAAACCAUGGAACGCUCACCCUGAUGCCAGCAGCGCUCGGCCCACAAGAACGCUGUUCGUGACGCCGCGUCGUCAACCCGAGACCUUAUUAGACGCAGAUUCCCUAAUAGAUGUGGAAACGAUCACUCCAAUACCUGUUCCCCUGUAUGACAACCACAAGGCUCUGAGUGUGAUGAAGGAGUGUGAGAGGCAUGUCCUGUUUGCUCGAACAGCCGCCGACGGCCCCCCACCUCCAGAUGACUGGGAGGAACACAUAGACAAGACGGGCUGGUCAGUGACCCAGAACAAGUUGUUUAACAAAGUCCUUAAAGCUCUACAGGGAGAAAGACUGGCAAGACUGGCCAAUGAAAAUGCUUCCAACGAGCCCAUUCUGCGGAGGAUAGCUGUAGACAAGUGUGCCAGGAAGGUGAGGCACGCGCUCGCCAGCGUGAACUGGGAAGCCAAGCUGACGCAGUGGCUGCACACCACGCUGAUUGAGUCGUUGAGUCUCCCCAUGCUUGCAGCUUACUUGGAUGUGCUGCAGACUUUAAAAAGCAAGCUGCCGACGCUCAUCGACAGAAUGCUGCUGCCGUCUGCAAAGACUGGAGCUCCGAGUGCGGAGGCUUUGUCUCUGCUGCUGAAGCGUCCCUGGGAUCCUGCUGUUGGAGUUCUUUCGCAGAACAAACCGUGCAAGCUUCCUGGGUCUCCUCUGAUUCUCAUCGCGCCGUCCAGCCCAACAAAUCCGGCUCUCUCCACCUCACGGAGAAUGAGGUUUUGGCAGUCGCAGCUCUCCUGCCUGGGAAAGGUCAUCCCGGUGCACACUCAUGUGAACAGUGGGGCCAAUAUUGGAAUCACACAGUGUUUGGAGCACAUGCUGGGAACGGUCAGAGCCAAAGUCAUGGAGGUUCACAGUCACUUCCCACACAAGCCCAUCAUCCUGGUCGGCUGGAAUGCUGGUGCGCUUAUCGCUUGUCAUGUAUCCCUCAUGGAGUAUCUGACGGCUGUCGUGUGUCUUGGCUUUCCGCUCCUAACAGUCAACGGACCCAGAGGGGACGUGGACGACCCGCUGCUGGACAUGAAGACCCCCGUAUUGUUUGUGGUUGGGCAGAAUGCGCUGCAGUGCACCACAGAUGGCAUGGAGGAGUUCAGAGAGAAGCUGAGGGCAGACAACAGCUUGGUGGUGGUCGGAGGAGCAGACGACAACCUCAGAAUCAACUCGGCAAAGAUGAAGUCGGAAGGUUUGACGCAGACGAUGGUGGACCGCUGCAUUCAGGAUGAGAUAGCUGACUUUCUGUCAGGGGUCUUGACCCGGGCAGAGGGCCACAGUCACGUCUCCGGAGAGAUGCGAGACCUGGACACGGAGAAGAAGAAGCGGCCUCGACGGGAGCUUCCCUUUGACGUGGAGAGAGGUCGACCUUCGUCUCCGGCUCUUAGAGUUCCCAUUUCACCCUCAGGUUCAGAGGAUUUGUCCAGCGUCUGCAGCAGCCCCACUUCCAGCCCCAAACCGAAGACUUCUGGUCUGUCUCCAGCACAAAAGUCCAGCCUGAUCACAGCCACGCAGCUCCUCAAGACGCACAUGCAGCGCUCCGGCACCGUGCUCACUCACAAGCAGGCUCAAGUUCCAGUGACCAGUGAUCAGCUGGAAGGCCUGGACAGAGACGAGCUACGUCCUCACGGCAAGAGGAGGCAGACGCCAAGUCCCACGCCCAGCAAGGCCUCCAAGAGAGCAAAGAUUAAAGUUACCAUUGUUUCCCAAAGUGAGUCAGCAGGAGGCGCCAUCAGCCCUGCUGAAGUGGGUGUCUCUGGCAAGCCUCUAACUGUGGCAGUGGGACAGACUGUGCCGGGUGCCAAGGAGCUUUCUGGACUCCUCACAGGCCAGCGGUCUGGUAGUCUCUCAGAGGUGUCUGGUGCCAUGUCCCCAGGCUCAGGCUCAUUCAGCAGCGUGCAGCCUUGCAUGGUGUCAGUGUCCUCCACACCAGCCCAGGUGCAAGCUCCAGCUACCGCCCAAGCGCCAGCUUCCGCCAGCAGUCUUCUGCAAGGCCUAAGUUUCAGUCUGCAGGAGAUCGUUACCAAAGCUCCUAACCUUCCCUCCACAGCAACAAGCACAGGCAGCACUCAGGAGGCGAUCCUGAGCUCAGUCAGUACCGCCGGCAGCACUCUGCUCCGGGCAGUACCCGUGGUCACAACAGGAAGCAUCUCGAAAACCACCGCCAUCCAUCAGCUGCUCACCAACGGUGGACUGGCCAAACUGGCCAGCAGCUUGCCCGGCUUGGCGCACAUCACCAAUCAGACCGCUGGAGGGCAGAAAGCUCCGGCUUCUAUAACGGUGACCCUCCGUGGAGCUCGGCCGAGUAGCGCAGCAGCUUUCAGCCACGCAGCAAUGAACCUCUCUGCUCACCGUAAGGUGAUGCUGCAUCGGCGACUGUUCUCUGCAGUGAUGGAUACAAAACCCCACAUCGUGCAGAAAACACAGCUGCCUUGUGUCCUCCAGAGCGGUGUCCUGUUGAGGUGGGAGGAGAAGCUUGGAAGUCGUGAUUGCUGUGUUUGUAGAGCCGCAGCGCAAGAUUUCCUCAUUGUACUUUUAAGUAGGGCAUUUUGACAGCAAGAUAUAUGACUUGAUCACAUGUUAUCCUCUGGAGAAAAUUAUAUUGUGAGUGUAAGCCACAAAACUACCUGCGUUGUGGUAAAUUAGCUCUGACAAAGGCAAUUGUCAAAUAAAAAUAAACUAAAAUGUUACUUUGACGUUUUUUAUGCACUUCUCAUUUUGCCGAACCCUGGAUUAUUGUUCUCUCACAGCUUGUUGUAGAUGAUUUGAAUGUCACAGAAAAUUGUUUGGGAUUUUUGUUGAAGAAAAAAGUUAAGUUUCAGUUCAAUUUCAGUGUGAUGUGUUUCAGCACCAUUUCUUAAAGCAUAAUGUUCUUUCUGCUGGCUGGGGAGCCUUGCAAAAAAUAUUUAUACCCUUUCAACUACAAAUAUAAAUGUCUAAUUGUGACAUAAAUUUCAAUUCAGUCUCCUUUACACAAUUACCGCUGAAUAAAAUUUGGUCUACCCAGUUUCCUUCAGAGGUCACCUACUUUAAAAUAGUCUAUACGUGUGAUUUUCCCAAUUUAAGAAAUUAUGACAGUAUAAUUUUUCUUACACUUUGCUGUUUUUGUCAUUAAUUCUCAUGAAAUCACAGUAAAAUGCGUUCAACUGUGCCGUCAUAAUAUGACAACAGAAUGGUUAAUAGGGUAUGAAUAUUAAGGCAAGCCUCUGUACAUCAUGUCAGAAUUCAUUUUUUGACUGUUACGUGGUUUCUCUGAUAUGUCUUCACAUUUGUGCUAAUCUAAUUUCAAAUGUCAUUAUUUGUUCAUAAUUGUAAAUAAAAGUUGUUGAACACGUU